AUCAACACCUCGACUUGUAAGCGCGCCUAAUUCUUUAUGCUACCUCUACGCUAUAAGGAGAGCGUUACCCAUGCUCUCAGCAUUCACGGCUCAGCCGAUAGUUGAGCUCAAACAGAGGGACAAAUCUAAGAUCGAGUCCAUCCUUUCGCAUAGCGACCAGCUCCUUGUCGGCCUCAACACUGGCUCUCUCCGCAUCUACCGAGUCAAGAACCCUCCUUCGCGCAGCAGCGAGGACGAUAACGUCAACGAUGACACUGCAGCUACCGCCGACACCUCAACUUCAACGUCGAAGCCCACCGAACUUCUCCGAGAAUACGAGAAGUUCUCAAAGUCCAAGAUAGAACAACUUGCGGUGUUUCGCGAAGCAAACAUCCUUAUAUCGUUGAGCAAUGGCCUAGUAUCAAUACAUGAUCUGGGAACAUAUGAGUUGCAGGAACAGUUGACCAAUACGAAGGGCGCAACUGUAUUUGCUGCCACAAGCAACAUAGUGAAGGACUCCACGACGGGUGUGCCAACCUUGGUCAGCAGAUUAGCUGUGGCUGUCAAGCGCAGGCUAUUACUGUGGUCAUGGCACGAUGGGGAACUGAACGGUGACGCGGUUGAGAUUGCGUUAUCGCAUAGCAUCAAGUCGCUGACCUGGGCAUCCGGGACCAAAAUACUGGCCGGCUUAAGUGCGCAUUAUGUGUUGGUUCAUCCAGACUCUCAAGACGUGAAGACUAUUGUCGGACCAGGCAGCAUCGGAGGCGCCCCGGGUCAAGAGAGCAGUAGGCUCGGUGGCACAAUGAGCUACAUCGGAAUGGGAGGCAUGGUUCCAGCUCCGUUGGCAACGGGCCUCGGAGAGAAUGAAAUGUUGCUGGCACGAGAUAUCAAUACACAUUUUAUCGACCGGGACGGAGAACCAAUAAGCCGACGACAGAUACCCUGGCGAAGCCCUCCCCAGGCGAUCGGCUACUCCUAUCCAUAUCUUCUGGCUUUGCAAGAAGCAAGCAAAGGGUCACUGGAAGUGCGAAACCCCAAGACAUUGACUCUGCUUCAGUCUAUCGAACUGCCAGGUGCUGUCCUGCUACAAGUGCCCAACCCCAAUAUCAGCUUGGCUCAUCAAGGCAAAGGAUUCCUGGUCGCCAGCGAACGCACCAUCUGGAGGAUGCAAGGACUGAACUAUGAUGCUCAAAUUGAUUCAUUGGUCGAGGGCGGAUAUCUGGACGAGGCUAUCAGCCUUCUGGAGAUGAUUGAGGAGACACUCAUCAAAGACAAAGUCGGAAGGCUACGGGAGAUCAAAAUGCAGAGGGCGCAGAAGUUGUUUGAUGAGAAGAAGUUCAGGGAUGCCUUGGAUCUAUUCGGCGAGGUCUCUGCGCCGCCCGAGCGAGUCAUCAGACUUUACCCUGCUAUCAUUGCCGGCGAUCUCGCCAUCGAUGCCGAAAACGCAAGCCCCAAACCGCCCGCAUCGUCACCAGAUGAGCAUGCCGCCAAACCGAAACACAAAAAGGCGGAGGUCAUUGCUACCCCAGUCCAAAAGGUCAAAGCCGCAGCUUCUGACGCCGACGCCGAGAGUGUAAGAAGCGUGAAAACAAGUGACCAUGCUAGUGGCGAUGGCGAUGGACUUUCCGAGAAGGAGAUCAAGACAGCCGUUCGGGAGCUUCAAGCGUUCCUUGCUGACGUUCGUCGCCGCCUGCAGAGAUUCUUCAGUCCCGAUCAGACUGUUCGAAGUCUCUCAGAAGUACAGAGCGGAGCCCAGGCCGAAGACGUCAGACAAUUCACCGAACACCUGCUGGGAGUUUCGACGCUAGAUGAUGUUGAUCUGAGUGAAAAGCUGCCUGCCGUGGCUCGGUUGGUAGACACAACCCUUUUCAGAGCUCACAUGUACGCCACCCCGUCGCUCGCAGGAUCACUCUUCCGUAUCUCGAACUUCUGUGACCCAGAUGUAGUCAUGGCCAAACUUGAAGAGAGCGAACGAUACAAUGAUUUGAUAGAAUUCCUCUAUGGAAAGCGACUCCAUCGACAAGCCUUGGAAAGGCUUCAGAAAUUCGGCAAAGCUGAACAUACGGAAGAUGUGGACCCUCAACUGCAUGGACCUGCUCGGACAGUGUCCUAUCUUCAGAAUCUGGGGGCGUCUUUCAUUGAUAUGAUCCUGGAAUUUGCUCGGUGGCCUUUGGAAUCGGAGCCAGAAAUGGCAAUGGAGAUUUUUCUAGCUGACACCGAAAACGCCGAGUCGCUGCCUCGUCAUAAAGUCCUGGAUUUCCUCGAGUCCAUCGAUAAAAACCUGGCUCAGAAAUACCUUGAGCAUGUAGUGGAUGAACUGGACGACCAAACACCGGAUCUGCACCAGCGCCUUGUAACGCUCUACCUAGAGAGACUGAAAGCUGGAUCUGGAUCAGACCGACAAGAAAUCCUCGACAAGUUGGUAACGUUACUGAAGACGUCUGAACAAUACUCUCGGGCAAAGACUUUGGGUUUGCUGCCUCGAGAUGAACCUUUGUUCUAUGAGCCACGAGCCAUCGUCUUCAGCAAGAUGGGAAAUCACAGGCAAGCACUGGAAAUAUAUGUUUUCAAGCUUCAUGACCCAGCCAGGGCAGAGGAAUAUUGCAACCAGACUCAUUUGGAAGAGACUAUCAACGACACCAGCAAGCCUUCGUCUCGACGGAAGUCGACCACUGACCCGGUCGACGAACAGCCGUCGAUCUACCAUAUUCUGCUGAACCUCUAUUUGCAUCCGCCAAAGGGUGAAAGGGCAUUGUGGGGACCAGCCAUUGAAUUGAUGGCUCGUCAUGGUCCCAGAUUGCCGGCAAGCUCGACACUAGAGUUGAUGCCGGAGGAUUUGUUGGUGAAAGAGCUCGAAUUUUAUUUCCGCGGCAGAAUUCGCAACGCCAACACUGUGAUGAACGACUCGAUGAUGUCUGCUGGAUUGAGAAAGGUGGAAGCAGUGCGCGUCCAAGCCGCACUUCUGCUCGGAGAGGGCGUUCAAACCGGUGGUCGAGGAAGGAAAGUCCGGAUUGACGAAGACCGAGUCUGCGGUGUCUGCUACAAACGCCUUGGUGGCAGUGUCAUCAGUGUCUUUCCCGACAAUUCCGUUGUCCAUCUGGGCUGCGCUGUCCGCAAGCAGACUGAAUCCGCAGGCAAAUCUCAGCACCAUUGACCUCGACAACGAUUCGAAAUGUAUGAACUUUGUGAUACCCAUGCAUAGUGUAAUAGUACAAAAUAUGUCCAGCCUGACGUUUCAAGUGUCGUCGUCGCCGGCUUCUUCACCAUAGUGUUCCUCCUC